AUGCCGGGUCCUUUCAUAGACCUUUCACAUCCGCUCGACGAGAACGUUCACGUCUACCCGGGAGACCCCGCCUUCUGUUGCAAGCAAGUAUGCGGUGUACCCGAAGGAGGCUUUGCUGUAUCAGAACUGUCCCUAUCCUCGCAUCUUGGAACACACAUCGAUGCACCUUCCCAUCGCGUCGAAGGCGCUGCGGCUAUAGACGUCUUUCCAGUGGACUACUUUGUACGCCGGGCUGUGAUCGUCGAUGUCAGCGGAAAGUCAGAAGGUUCUUCUGUCAUACUGUCUGACUUGGAACCCUACGAAACACGUAUUCAAGAGGGCGUCGCCGUGCUUUUCCAUACAGGAUGGGACAAGUACUGGAGUGAUAAGAGCGGUGUCUACUUCAAGCACCCAUUCAUCGCGCGCGAGGUUGCAGAUCGACUAAUGGAGCUUGGUGUAUCGGUCGUCGGCGUAGACUCGAUGUCUCCCGACUCGAUGGAAGAAGGCGCUGAUCUUCCGGUCCACGACGUUGUAUUGGGCGCAGGACGGAUUAUCGCCGAGAACCUGACAAACCUGGGCGCUCUGCACCGUAUACAGGAAGGCGAUUCGAGUGCGGUGAUUAUGGUCAGCUUGGCCCCGUUGAGGCUUGUAGGAUGCGACGGGUCACCGGUUCGAGCGUUCGCCUGGACAGAGCGAUCUUCUUCGUGA